GUCACGAGCAACAGUAACUCAGCUCAUGUGAGAAGAACUGUUGUUUUAACAGUAAUUUUUUGUCAGCCUUGAACGCUAAAUCAUAGUUAGAAAACUUUCUUUUGAGCCUAGCAGAUAUAUAUUCAUAUUCAAGCAUCAUGAGGUUAGUUAUCUUGGACCAUGCAAAUGAUGUAAGUGAAUGGGCUGCCAAAUUUGUCAGAAACAGAAUCCUACAGAAAAAGCCUGGACCAGAUAACUAUUUUGUUCUUGGCCUUCCAACAGGUGGUACUCCAAAGGGCAUGUACAAGAAACUUGUUGAAUUUUACAAGAAGGGUGAGGUGUCAUUUAAAUAUGUGAAAACGUUCAACAUGGAUGAAUAUGUUGGAUUGCCUAGAGAUCAUCCAGAGAGUUAUCACUCCUACAUGUGGGAAAACCUCUUCAAACAUAUUGAUAUUGAUCCAGAAAACGUUAAUAUCUUGGAUGGAAAUGCCAAGGACCUCGUUAAAGAGUGUAACGAUUAUGAAGCAAAGAUUAAGGCAGCUGGGGGAGUUGACCUGUUCGUUGGUGGGAUUGGACCAGAUGGCCACAUUGCAUUCAAUGAACCAGGCUCUUCCAUGAAGUCCAGAACUCGUGUCAAAAGUCUUGCUAAAGAAACUAUAGUAGCUAAUGCACGUUUCUUUGGCGAUGACAUCAGUAAAGUUCCAACUAUGGCCCUUACGGUUGGUGUUCAGACAGUAAUGGAUGCUAAUGAGGUGAUGAUUCUAAUCACAGGGGUUAACAAAGCUUAUGCACUCCAUAGCAGCAUAGAAGGAGGUGUCAAUCAUAUGUUCACUGUCUCAGCAUUCCAGCUUCAUCCCCAUACCAUUUUCGUGUGCGAUGAAGAUGCCACUAUGGAGCUUAAAGUCAGGACCGUGAAGUAUUUCAAGGGUCUUAUGGAUGUACAUAACAAAUUAGUUGAAUUUCCAGAAGAUCCCACUGCACCUCCAUCUGCAAAACGUUUGAAAUCACUGGACGAAUCGAAAUUGACCUGAAAAUGCAGUUUAAAAUGACUGUGCUGAAGGGAACUAAGCUGAAAAAGUAUAGAUUCUUGAUUAUCUUUUCACAUGUAUCAAAACGAAAUGCAAAAAGUCCUCUUUUAGUGUGGAGAGAUGCAAGAAACAGGUGUGCUAUAUCUACGAAACAUCUUUAUUAUAUCUUUAUUUGUUGUUGUUUUUUCUUAGUUUAUUCCUCUGCAAUACCAAGAAAUAGAUUCAAUCUUAUAUAAGUAAAAAAUAUUAAUUGUCAAAUAAUAAAAUUAUUUUUAAC